UCAAAAACUGUUCUUUUCCCAUUUCCUUAUUAAUUAAAAUAUUAAAUAAUAUAUUCUAUUACUUUUGCCUCCAGUAAGGUGAAAAGGAAGGAAGGGGCACAAAAUCAAAAUGAAACAUUGAAUUUCAAAAUCUGAUAAUGGUAACAAUACUAUAUAGGAUUUGCAUUAACGUGUUCUUCUUCGAAGGGGAAGAAGAAGACGAAGAAGAGAAGGGUUGCGAUUGCAACUGCAUUUUGUUACGCUCCAAAAUUCAAUUUCGUCAUUAACCUAGCUUCCGCCCAGGUUUUAUGUUUGACGGAAGAGUUCAAUCAAAUGAGUUUAACCAUGAUAGAUUUAGGAAUUUCAUUUCUGAGGUUGAUCACCAGCCCUGAUGCUUCCGGUGCAUCUAUUAUUGGAUGGCUCAUCACUGGAUCAUUUGGACUGAUGGCAGUCGUAUACGCUGUUCUCAAGUGGCAGCGUAGGUCCUCGUUGAAUUGGAUUAAAGCUGCAGCAAGAGAGAAGAAGAAAGUUUGGAAAAAGUUUAAAGUACCACUGUCUGGUCAUUCUUGGGUUGAAGAUUUCACUUACAGGGAACAACCCUCCACUUGUUGUUUCUGCUUGACUUCUCUUUGGCCUUCCCAAAAUCUAGGUACAACAGCCUCACCACAUACCCCUCUCCAUCGUUGCUCUGUUUGUGGUGUCGCUGCUCAUUUCCUUUGUUCACAGUUUGCAGCAAAGGAUUGCAAAUGUGUUGCUCAGGCUGGUUUUGGCCAUAUUCGACACCACUGGUCAGAAAGAUGGGUUAAUGUGUAUGAAAAUCACGAGAUGUCUGCAUUCUGUUUUUACUGUGAUGAACCAUGCGGUGUUCCCUUUGUUAAAGCUUCUCCAACAUGGCAUUGCCAGUGGUGUCAGCGCCUCAUUCAUGUGAAAUGUCAUAACAAAUUGACUAAAGAUUCUGGUGACUUUUGUGAUUUGGGUCCCUUGAGGCGAAUUAUUCUUUCCCCUCUUUGUGUCAAAGAAGUUGAUGAGGAUCUAAAAGGAGGAGGACGGCUAAGUUCUAUUAUAAGCUCUUCUGUUAAUGGCCAGAUUAGAAAGCGGCGUAACCGCAAUAGACAUGGAGGUGGUUACAAUGCUAAUGGUAAAUCACGUGGUUCCUCAGGUACUGAUGCAACGCUUUUUGACUAUGUGUUGAAUGGUUUCGGCUGGAAUAAGUCCAGUAAUGAAAAGUUUUCUGAUCAAUUGAAUAAUGGUAGAGUAUUAGGAAACAGUUCAAUUUCUACCCAUAGCCACUUCAAGAAAUACACACUAGUUGAUUUGCCACAAGAUGCAAGCCCACUUUUGAUCUUCAUAAAUGCCAGGAGUGGUGGUCAGCUUGGGCAUUCUCUUCAUAGGAGAUUGAAUAUGCUAUUAAAUCCUGUUCAGAUCUUUGAAUUGACUGCUUCUCAGGGCCCUGAAGUGGGCCUGGAAUUCUUCAAAAGUGUACGAUAUUUUAGAGUACUGGUAUGUGGUGGGGAUGGCACAGUUGCAUGGGUCCUUGAUGCUAUAGAAAGACGCAGUUAUGAGUCACCUCCACCAGUGGCAAUUCUUCCCCUUGGCACUGGAAAUGAUUUGUCCAGGGUACUGAAUUGGGGAAAAGGCUUCUCUACCCUUGAUGGAGAAGGCGGAUUGCCCAUGCUUUUGCAUGAUGACAUUAGCAAUGCAGCAGUCACUAUGCUAGAUCGAUGGAAAGUUAAAAUCUCAGAAGAAAGCUCUGAAGGAAAAUCACAUAAAGUGAAAACUAAAUCCAUGAUGAACUAUCUAGGCAUUGGAUGUGAUGCAAAGGUUGCAUAUAAAUUUCAUGUUACUCGACAAAUAAGUCCUGAAAAGUUUUGUAGUCAGUUUUUGAAUAAACUGCGAUAUGCAAAAGAGGGAGCGAGAGAUAUUAUGGACAGAACUUGUGCUGACUUGCCAUGGCAAGUAUGGCUUGAAGUUGACGGGAGAGACAUUGAGAUUCCCAAGGAUUCGGAGGGCUUAAUUGUGCUCAAUAUCGGGAGCUAUAUGGGUGGAGUAGAUCUUUGGCAAAAUGGUUAUGAGCAUGAUGAUGAUUUUAGUCUGCAAUCCAUGCAUGAUAAAAUGCUGGAGGUGGUAUGUGUUUGUGGAGCAUGGCACCUGGGAAAACUUCAGGUUGGACUUUCACAAGCAAGAAGGCUUGCUCAAGGUAAAGUCAUCACGAUACACUGUUCCAGUCCUUUCCCGGUUCAAAUCGACGGGGAGCCAUUUAUCCUACAACCAGGAUUCUUGGAAAUUACUCAUCGCGGACAGGCAUUCACGAUGAGGAAGACUUCAGAAAAUGAACCUAAAGGAAGAGCAGCUGCAAUUAUGACAGAGGUAUUACUAGAUGCCGAGUGCAAGGGAAUUAUUAAUGCAUCUCAGAAGAAAGUUCUUCUCCAGGAUAUGGCCAUCAAUCUUUCAUAAAGAUCCAUCUCAGGCUCAGCACGCAUUAUACAUAGUUGCACAUACACCCUAUACGUGGGUUUUUGGCUGUUUUGUCUUCUAAUUCUUUUCAUAGCACCAUUUUUGGUAAUAUAUUGGAAAUAGAGACAGAAAGAUUAGCUCUACCAAGUGAUAAAUUUAGUAAGAGUGAAAAAUGUGCGGCGGCAUCAUUUAGGUUUCCGUUUAUUGUUUGCGUUGCGUCUAACCCCACGCUCUGUAUAUUGUAACCCGGCAAAAUAUCAUUUUAUCAAAUCCUUGUUGUUACCAUUGUGUUAUAACAUUUUUUUUAUCAA